CUAAGGACAAAAUUAAGUAGAACCAAUAAUGUUGCUCUAAAGCAGUGAGAAAUGGGAAGAGAAGUUGUUGAUGUGCGUAUGAACCGAAACGCCGACGUUUCAAGCGGUAGAGUACACGUUGCUCCUAAGAUAGCAGCAGCAGCAGCUGGGUCUGAGACUGAGGAAGAGUUCGAAGUCAAGGAAUGCACCGAAGACGAUUCUCAUUCCGAGAAUGCACCUAAAACCCCUAAAGUUUCUAAGCGUGAUGUUCCUCUUGUGGCGGUGAGGAAGCCAUUACAACCUGAUAACAAGAAGCAUAUGGAUGAUGAGGAUGAUAGUUUCUCCAUCGCUUCCUUGAGGAGGGCUAAGUCAGGAGUGACUCAUGGAAGUGCACCAACGUUCAAGAGCGCUCAGCGUGCUGAGAAGCGCAAAGAGUAUUACCAAAAGCUUGAGGAGAAGAACCAAGCGCUUGAAGCCGAGAGGAACGAGCUUGAACAAAGGCAAAAGGAAGAGCAAGAAGCAGCGUUGAAACAGCUAAGAAAGAAUCUCAAGUUCAAGGCUAAACCUGUUCCUAACUUCUACUACGAGGCGCCUCCUGCUAAACCUGAGCUCAAGAAGCUUCCUUUGACCCGUCCCAAGUCGCCAAAACUCAUCCUUUCUCGGAGGAAAAGCUUCAGCGACGCGGUCUCCUCGUCGUCACGUGAAGAGGUUUUGAAGACAGCUUCUAACAGGAACCGACACAGCACCGGAACAGUGAACAAGAACGCCAAUGCUGUUCAUGACAGCCCUCGUUCCAGAUCUGGUAAGGGUAAAGGUUGUCUGAAACCGGUUAAUGAGUCCUUGGAAGAAGCUUGUGAGGCUUGAAAACGGUGAUGAUUUGAUGUGUUUACUACUCUCAUCAGUCUAACUUUGAUCUUGUUGGAGAAAAAUUAAAACGUUUUCGGUUAUUUCCGGUAUAUGGUUGGUUCACAAUGUAACCGUCUCUCACGGUUUUACUUUGUAAGGUGAAACUUUUAUGUUGAUUGUUGAAGAAAACUCCUAAUGUUGAAAUUUGUAUAUUUUGAGUGUUUUUGGAUCUUCCACCUAUAUGUUAUUGACUACUACAUGUAUAUAUUAUUUGUGUUAUA